AUGGACGUGGCGUGGCUUGGGCUGGGCAUCUCAGACGGCCGUGCUCAGAGCCGGGAACGGGCAGGUCCGCGCAGCGAGGCCAGGGCCAGGGGCUGUGAGAAACGGGGGGCUGGGCGUGUCGCUGCGCCCUCUGGGCGCUCAUCGCUGCAGCAGGCCCAGGGCGCCCGCGGGCUGCAGCUCUCGGCCGCCGCCCCGCACGCGGUGAGCUUCCCGGCCUCGAGGAUUUUCUUCCGAUGCGACCUCUUCCCCGAGGAGUUCUCCAUCGUGGUCACCCUGAAGGCGCCUGACCUCCCGCCUAAGAAGAACGAGUACCUGUUCACGCUGCUGGCGGAGGAGCGGGACGCGCUGCUGCUGGGCCUGCGCCUCUCGCCGCGGCAGCUGCACUUCCUCUUCCCGAGCCAGGCGGCGGCCGGCGCCUGGCAGACCCGCGUGUCCUUCGGGAGCCCCACGCUGGCCGACGGCGGCUGGCACACGCUCGUGCUGGCCGUGGCCGCAGGCUCCUUCUCGCUCAGCGCGGACUGCGGCCGGCCGCUGGACAUAAUCGCUGACGUGGCCUUCCCCGCCUCUCUGUCCGUGCGUGGAGCCCGCUUCUUUGUCGGCAGCCGGAGGAGGACCAAAGGCCUGUUCACGGGCCUGCUGCGGCAGCUGGUCCUGCUGCCCGGCUCGGACGCCACACCCAGGCUGUGCCCCUGCACGGGCGCCCAGCUGGCCGCACUGUCCAUCCCGCCGAUCCUGCGGGGCCUGCCGGGGAAGCCAGAGGAAAACGAGGUGCUGAAGCACACCCACGAAGGCGACCUGAAGGUGACGCUGGGCGACCGGCCCCCGUGCACCAAGGUAGAAGACGCCCAGUUCUGGCUGGACGCCAGCCGCAGGGGCCUGUUCCUGUGUGUGGGCAGCCGCUGGGUCUCCGUGCUGGCAGGGGCCCCCACGGCUUGGGGCCAGUGCGACAGGAGCAACAAGCAGGCCCCCGGGCGAGACGGGACAUGGGCCCAGCGCCCCCUCAGCCUGCGGGAGGCCUCCGAGGGGCCCCCACCCCACGGCCCUCCCGCCGUGUUCCUGGCCGUGGCCAGCCUGGAGCCCGGAGAGCGGGGCCAGGAGUUCUCCGUCAUCUACAAGUGGAGUCCACGAGCGCUGCGCUUCGCGCCCUACCAGCGGGUGGCCACCCACAGCGCCCGCGACUGGGAGGCCUUCCAGGUGGCCGGCGAGCACUUCCUGGCCGUGGCCAACCACCGGGAAGGCGACAACCACAACAUCGACAGCGUCAUCUACAGGUGGAACCCCCGCGCGCGGCUCUUCGAGGCCAACCAGACCAUCCCCACCUCGGGCGCCUACGACUGCGAGUUCUUCACCGUGGGGCCCUACUCCUUCCUGGCCGUGGCCAACGCCUUCAACGGCACGUCCACGCGGCUGCACUCCCACCUGUACAUCUGGCUGCUGGGCGCCUUCCGGCUCUUCCAGUCCUUCCUGGUGAGGAGCCCUCGCGGCCGGCGCCGCCGGCCCACCCCCCUGCUGCCCUCCUCUCCGGCCCCCGCGCGGCUCAGCGCCUCCGCGCUGGACUGGGAGUUCUUCGCGGUGGGCGAGGACUACUUCCUGGUGGUGGCCAACUCCUUCGACGGCCGCUCCUUCUCCGUCAACAGCGUCAUCUACAGUGUUUGCCGGAAGCAGUCCUGCAGGACUUGGUGUCCAGGCCAGAGCGCACCCCGCAGCCCGGGCCUCGCUGCAGCUUACGGGCUGGACUGGGAGUCCCGGGCAUGGGGGCUGUGGGCCGCCCGGGUCUCGGUGCGGUGCCCGGCGGAGGUCCGACGGGGCGAGCUCGCGGCCCGGGGCACCGGCGAGGACCCUGCUCUGGCCGGCCACCCUGCGCGCUGA